AUGCGAUAUUUCUGUAGAAAUUUUCGUUUCUCUCGUAUACGUAAAAUUUUUAGACCUACAACGUCCGUUCUGUUAUCGGGUACUGCUGAUGGAGAAUGCUCUAAUCGGAAGCUGCCGGAAGGGUCCCAUCCUCCAAUAGCGACUUUUGAUGAAUGGACGAAGGAAAAACUGAACGUGCUAUUUCAGUCGCUUUCACCCCUUUCUGAAAUAGGUUUGGCUAGCGUUGGAUCUCAGCAGCUACCUCCAUCAUCUGCAGCGACUCGUAAUUACGCCAGUAAGGAAUGCGGUGCUAAAGUAUUACAUAGUAAUGCGGAAGCUGAAAAUACGAAAGCUAUCCUCAAUGAGAAAGUAUGUAAAGAUGAAUACAUGCGGAAUCCAUGUGAAAAUGCUGCCUACAAAUUUGUAAUAAUUGAACUGUGUGAAACUGUGCAGCUUCGCGCUAUAGAAUUAGCUAAUUACGAAUUAUUCUCCUCCGGUCCGCGAACAAUACGCUUAUGGUCCGCGGAGAGGUUCCCUACCGGAGAGUGGCAACUAAUCACGGAAUUAACUGCUAUAGAUUCUCGUCAGAUUCAGCAGUUCUCGAUUCCCACAAAUGGUAUUUAUGUUAAAUUCAUGAAGGUGGAACUUCUCUCUCACUAUGGAAACGAGCACUAUUGUACGUUGUCAGUUCUUAAGGUCCUUGGAAUAUCAAUGAUAGAUGAAUAUGAAGCUGAGGUUUCUGCUGAAGCUGCUUCUGUUGUUCAUACGCGGAAUAAUAUAGGAACAGUAACAGAUACUAAACCUAAUAUAACAUCGACUGAAGCAGUUGACACCACUACAACGAGCCUAUUAUCGCCGAUUCAGGUUAUAUCGUACUGUUUAAGGUUAAUAUGCAAACACCGGCGUUGCUCAAUGCUGUUCGAGUCUGUGUUUAUGAAGCUCAACAAACGUAUCGCUGCUCUUGAAUUAAACAUGUCACUGUCAAGUGAAUACCUCAGCGAGCUUAGUCGGCAAUAUGUCGCACAAAGUGAUGAGCAUCAUAGACGUAUGAGACAAGUAAGGGAAAUAGUGGAUGAAGCAGUCGAAGCAAUAUAUGCACGUGUAAAUGAAACGCUAGCUAAUAAGGUGGGUAAUUGCAUUUUAUUCAGUAUUCCGCUUUUCUCUUUCAAAACGAUCAGUUCUAGAUCGACAUGA